AAGACAAGGACACAUGAAGAGGGUUUAGUCUCUAAGAUCUCCUUCAGACAUAAAGCUUUCCUUGGGUUUCCUUUCAAUCAGGAAAGUCAUCAAAGCCGCAGAACUGAGCUCCAUCUGAUCCUUCUUAAAAUGGCUUCAGAUGAGUCAGUGGCUAUGCCAGAAAUGCACAUAAUGGUUCUCCUUUUUCUGCUACUGCUUGCCCAGGUAUCCUGGGAGAGUCCACAAAGAAAAUGCCCCUUGACUUUAAAAGAACAUGGAAAAUUCUGGAGAAAUCAUUUCAAGCCAGGCCAUUAUGUCAUUGGUGGAGUAAUUUCGGCAAGGAAAGCGGUACGAUCAAUUUACAAUUUCAACGUGAUCCCCUCCAGCAAAUUUUUUCUCUGGCAUCAAAGACAGGAAAACUGGCAUCUCCUCUCCUUCUUGAUUGCCAUCCGUGAGAUCAACCAGAACCCUCUGAUCCUACCCAACAUCACUCUGGGCUACAAUGUCCAUGACAGUAACUUCAAUGCAGAAAUGAAUGCUGAAGCCCUGCUGGACCUGCUUUCUACAGGGGAGGCAAAUGUUCCAAACUACAAAUGUGGAAGAGAGAAAAACCUGCUGGCCCUCCUUGAAGGCACCGAUUCUGACCUCUCCUACCAUAUUGCAACCAUGCUGAGCAUCUACAAAAUCCCACAGAGUCUGCCUCCUUCCAGGUGUGUGGAAAGUUGUCAAUCUGGAUUUUUCAAAGUGGGUCAUGAAGGGAGGCCCAUUUGCUGUUACGACUGUGUCUCCUGUGCAGAGGGCACCUUCUCCAGUCAGGAAGAUGCAGAUUAUUGCACCAAAUGUCCGGAAGAUCAGCAUCCAAAUAAGGAGCAAGAUCAGUGUCUCCCUAAGGAAAUAAGCUUUCUCUCCUAUCAAGAAUAUUUGGGAAUCAUUGUAGUUUCACUUGCAGCCUUCUUGUCCUUAAUUACUGCCUUAGUGUUAGCAAUCUUCACUAAAUACAGAGAUACUCCCAUUGUCAAAGCCAAUAAUCGGAACCUCUCCUACAUCCUUCUCAUCUCACUCCUGCUUUCUUUCUUAACAACCUUCCUUUUCAUUGGACGCCCAAGGAGAGUCACCUGCCUUUUUCGACAAACAGCCUUCAGCAUAAUCUUCUCAGUUGCUGUUUCUUCUGUCUUGGCCAAAACAAUCAUGGUGGUGCUAGCCUUCCUGGCUACAAAGCCAGGAAACAGAGUGAGAAAAUGGCUAGGAAGGAGUUUGACUAACUCCAUCAUCCUUUGUUCUUCCAGUAUUCAGGCGGUCAUCUGCAGCAUCUGGCUGGUGGUCUCUCCUCCAUUUCCUGAUUCUGAUAUGCACUCCCAGUCAGGAGAGAUUGUACUUCAGUGCAACGAAGGCUCUCUUCCCAUGUUUUAUGUUGCUCUUGGUUACAUGGGCCUCCUGGCCACCAUCUGCUUCAUAGUGGCUUUCCUGGCCAGGAACCUCCCUGGGACCUUCAACGAAGCCAAGCUGAUCACCUUCAGUAUGCUGGUCUUCUGUAGUGUCUGGGUGUCUUUUGUACCCACCUACCUGAGCACCAAAGGGAAGUACAUGGUGGCUGUGCAGGUCUUCUCCAUCUUGGCCUCCAGUGCUGGCCUGCUGGGCUGCAUCUUCAUGCCCAAGUGCUACAUUAUUUUAAUAAGACCAGAUCUGAACAUAAAGGAACAGCUAAUAGUGAAUACAUAA